AGCCUCGGCUUAUACGGCUGCCCUGUGGUAACGCAGUGCCCUCAGCUGCUAAGGCCGGACUUGUUCUUUUCUUGAUAUCGCAAAGACAGAAUACUGGAUGAACGGAGAAGAACAGCACUUCAAAAUGCUGAAGGGAGCUCAGCAGUUUGUUGGCAAAUCCCUCCAACCCGCACUGCCUGUGUCCCAUUUGUCUUCUAAGCAAGCAUCAGAAGUUGCUUUCAACUUUCAAACUGAAUUACCUAACAGUGCUCAAGUAUGUUUGCAGAGUAACGUUGACUGGUUAUCUGAAGUGACUGAAAUGAAGAUCUUAACUCAAAACACAGUGCCUCUUCAACCCAAACAGGAGCUGGAUGCAAAAAAAGAAAGGAUCAAAUACAGCAGAGAUUUCCUCUUGGAGCUUUCAAGCGUUUCUCUCUCUCAAAAGAAGCCAGAGUUUCUGCCUGAUCAUCCAAUUGUACUUGAAAAGCCAGAAAACAGCAACCCUUUUGCUGACAUAUGCAAGAAGUGAAAGAUAGCUUGGAAGAUGAGAAAUCCAUCAGUGAAGGAGUAUGUAUAAUGUAGACCUUCAAGAUUUUUAAAGGUACUUGGGUGCCUACACGUGAACACAGGAGCUUACAAAGUCAGUAGAAAUACCUAUUUCUAUCUGUAAUUUCCUGAAUGCUUCAGAAGGCAAAACUACUUUGUAGUACCUGAGAUGGUAGUACAAUUGCAGUGAAAAUAAAUCAUUUUAGUUUGGUGUGA